AUGGCUUCUCUCAUGUUCAUCACCUUUGUGAUAACUUCAGCUGUUUUGGCCACCAGUGGACUCAUCUCUAAUGGUUUUAUUAUUAUAAUGAUUGCCAUUGAAUGGGCCAAAUCAAGGAGCCUUGCUUCCAGUGAUCAGCUCUUUCUGAGCUUGAGUCUGUCCAAUAUCUGGGCCAUAGUGUUACUGCUUCCAUUUUACAUAGAUGACUUCUUAAUGUUCAGUUUCACCGGAAAUUUAGUGUUGAAAAUACUCUUCCCCAUUGUUGUCUUUGUCGUCAUCUCCAGAUUCUGGCUCACUGCUUGGCUCUGCAUCUUCUAUUGCAUCAAAAUUGUGAACAGCACCCAUUCCUGCUUCCUUUGGUGCAAACGGAGGAUAUCAUGGCUGUUACCCCGGCUUCUUGUGGGAUCUCUAGUCUUUGCCUUUUUUGCUUCCUUGUCUGCAUUACAGAUUGGUCCUGUAGACCUCCAAAGCAACACAACAGGUAUCUCAAUGAUGAACCAAGGAAAAACUCUGAAAGAUAGUGCCUAUGCUUUCCAAAUUUUCUUUUUCAUUAUUGGCUCUUCCUCUCCCCUUCUUGCAGUUGUACUUUGCUCCACCCUAGUUGUUGCCUCACUCUUUAGGCAUGUCUGUCGAAUCAUAAGUAAAGAAAAUUUUAGGAGUUUGCAAAGAGGAGCCCAUAUCAAGGCAGCUGGGACGGUGCUCUCUCUGCUAUUACUUUAUCUUUCAUAUUUUGUGGCACAGACUUUGUCUGUGAUUGCAGAUUUGAGAAAAAGUGAACGAUUCCUUAUUUCAUUGGUGAUGAUGAUAUAUUCUCCAGCUCAGGCUGCCAUUCUGGUGUUGAAUAAUCCCAAAUUAAAGCAAGCAAUAACUGUGAUGAUUCAAAGAAGAAAGCCUUGA